GAGCACGCACGCCGGGGCGCGCUGGGGUACGUUCGCUGACGUAUCCGUUACGCACGCUUUAUCAGGCGUCUUCCCGCGCGGCAGCCUCUCUGUUCUCCCGGUUCCUCAGAGCUCGCGGCGUGUCGAGCCUUUUGACUCUGAAGCGGGUUUGUGCAGGAUUUGCCUUGUGCCAUGUCUUCUGAAGAAGGGAAGCUCUUCGUGGGAGGCCUCAACUUCAACACCGAUGAGCAGGCACUCGAAGACCACUUCAGCAGCUUUGGGCCUAUCUCUGAGGUGGUUGUUGUCAAGGACCGGGAGACUCAAAGAUCCCGGGGUUUUGGCUUCAUCACCUUUACCAACCCAGAGCAUGCCUCAGAUGCCAUGAGAGCCAUGAAUGGAGAGUCCCUGGAUGGGCGCCAGAUCCGUGUGGACCAUGCAGGCAAGUCUGCCCGGGGAUCCAGAGGGGGAGCCUUUGGGGCCCAUGGGCGUGGCCGCAGCUACUCCAGAGGUGGUGGAGACCAGGGCUAUGGAAGUGGAAGAUAUGACAGUCGACCAGGAGGAUAUGGGUAUGGAUAUGGACGGUCUAGAGACUAUAGUGGCAGAAGCCAGGGUGGUUAUGACCGCUACUCAGGAGGAAAUUACAGAGACAAUUAUGACAACUGAGAAGGGGCAUGCACACAUAAUGUAGAUACACAAGGAAUAACACUUCUGAUCCAGGAUCGUCCUUCCAAAUUGCUGUAUUUAUAAAGAUUUUUGGAGCUGUGCCGGAACAUCUGUUUUAGUACAUCGAGUUCUAUUUUUGAAUUGAGCUCCCAAGGUAGUUUGUUAGCUUUUAGAAAGCUCCAUGUGUUCUUUAAACAUUUUUUCCCUUUAAAGACAAAUUUUAAGACAUUGGUUAUGGUACCAAUAUUUUUUCUUUUUACCAAUUUUUUUUUAGGACUGUUUUGGCCCAAAAAACUGUGGCCAGGCUAAUGUUUUUUAAAAGAAUGUGUAUUUAAGGACAUUUUAAAAGUUGAAUACAAUGUUUAUCAUGACCAGAAAGUGAUUUCUGAAUGUAUAAGCAAUCUGAAUCAAGAUCAUGAUUACCUAGAGAUGGUUUUUAUUCAAGAUCACUGUCCUGAUUAUAUAGAAGAGCUUCUUUAAAAUGAUUGUAAAUGUCAUUUUUUUAAUACUGGAAGAAAAGAUAUUCUGUUGUGUCUGGUGUGUUUAGGAUGUCCUUAAUGGAGCUAAUUAAAAGAUGAAACCUGAAGACAAA